AUGGCGACCAGAAUGGGAAGCAACCGGGUACCCGCAGACUCCCCAAAGACGUUGGUGAAAAGUGUCGCGGCGACUGUAACAUCAGAAGCGAUGAUGGCGUUUUUCGGUACGGCAGCGAACUAUCAGGAUCAUUACCGGAUGUUCAAUGUGAAGUUGCAACGGAAUACUUACAUAAGCAACAUUGGCCAAAAUUUAAGAGAAGCCCAUUUCGGUUUGGCAAAUACUCUAGGACUUGGCGGUGACUCAAAAAUCUACUUUCGACGAGUAGUGCUAAGAGAAAAUUGCCCCGAUAUGGCGCAGGGUCAGAACACCAUAGGCCUAAGAGACCGCAUGCGUUCCUGUUAUGGCUUGCCACAUUCCGCUCGCGAAUCGCCUAAAGGUUCCUUUCGGAUGGAUCCAAUCUAUGAAGCAAUGAAUGCAAGGCAGAGUUUAUUGAAAACCCUAUACAAAUAA